AUGCAUCUGAGUGGUAGCACCAGCAGCAGUAUCAACAACAGCACCAUCGACAUCGAGAACAGCAGCGAACCCGAAGCCGAAGACUAUGAACUCGUUCAAAGAUUGAAUGUUUGUGAUAUGUUUGCCAUGCAACUCGAUGAAAGUACGGAUAUUGCUGGCCUUUCAAUACUUCUUGUUUUCGUGAGAUGCAGUGACGGAGCCGCAGCAAUGGUGGUAACGGUUAAAGGAGUUGUAUCAAAAAUUAAAAACAUUGCUGCUAGAAGUACCAGCAGUCAUUGUAUUUUGCAUCGCUAUGCACUUGUUAUGAGAAGAAUGCCAACUGAUUUAAAAAAAGUUCUCGAUGAAGAUGUGAAAAUAGUAAAUUUUGUAGAUAAUCGUCCUCUCCAAUCGAGAUUGUUUAAAUUAGUGUGUAAAGAUAUGGGCAGUCAGUACGAAUUGCUUUUUCUUCAUACUGAAAUCCGAUGGCUUUCCAGAGGGAAAGCUUUAUCCAGGUUAUUCCAACUUCGUAAUGAGUUGAAUGUGUUCCAACUGGAAACAAAUAUGUCAUCAACUGCAAAUCUCUUCGAUGUGUUGCAUGAUGAGCAAUGGAUUACGAAAUUGGCUUAUCUUGCAGACAUUUUUGAAAAGAUCAACGAAACUGCUACAACUUUGCAAGGAAAAUCUAUAACAGUAUUUUUUCCGAGAGACAAACUGGCGGCUUUGAAAAGAAAAAUUAAUUUCUGGCUAUCGUGUGUACAAGAGAAUAAUGUUGAAUGUUUUCCAGUUUUACAUGAAUAUUUGCAAGAAAACCUGUUAGAACUCAAAGCAGAUAUUAGAAAUGUGAUUGCUCUCCAUUUGGUUAGUCUCGAAAGAUCCAGCUAG